UCCUAUGACCAGGAAGCGGCAUUUGACAUCCUUUUGCUCCUGGGUGUCAUGAAAGUGCGCUGCAGCCCUGCUAAACAACAUCAGUUCUUCGAGAGCCUCAUCGCUUGCAUGGACAGUGACAUGCCUGUCCAUUUACGUCAUGCCGCUAUUCGCCUUGCCCACAGUGCAACACUCUCCGAAGAUGACCCCGAUCGCUUCUUCCAUCCUGGCCGCGACGAGUGCUAUCUCAAACUGAUCUUUGCCCUCGCGAGAAAUUCCAGCUGGCAUCCCCAUUUGUUUGGGGAUCACCAUAUAGAUCGGUGCAUUAGCAUGAUCGCAAAGUGCCACUUCAUGCAGCAUACAUUUUACCUAGCUGGCAUCCUCCUCCGAAUCGCACCCGGACAGUUGUCGGUUACAUCACUCGAUUCUAUCACAGAGCAGCAGUGGUGGGACAUGAUCAGUGGUGCAUGGAUGCAUGCCCCUUUUAUAAUUGACGACAUAUGUUGUUUCGAGUUCCUUCCCGUCCUUGUGGAAGGCACGAAGAGGUAUAUGCAGACUACUUCAGAACAUUAUCUCGAGUGGCUCGUUAGAUCUGUGGAUCAUGUUCUCAACGUACUGGAGAAGCGAGAUUCAGAGCAAGGAGAGGGAGAGUGUGUCGUUGCUGUGAAAGAAUUGAGGACGGUAGCGAGCGAUAUGCUUGAGAAGUUGGUUAACAGUAAAGAAGCUGUUAGUCCCUGAUUAUUACGUUACUUGCAUGUUGUACCAGGGACCAGAGGAAGGGAUGGAGUAAUACGAGUGCGGAAGGG